AUGCCUUCUAUACCCAAGCACCGAUGGCUGAUGCAGGUGUACGCCCAGGAUGUCCUGCAAAGGCUGGAUGAGGUCAAGGCCACUAUAACAUCACAAUAUGGUCGAAUCUUAAAAAUGGAUUCUACCAAAAAAGUGGCCAGAAAACUAGCAGGACGCAGCUAUGGCACUGCUACUUGGGCUACUAAUGUUGGCAAUGAGCAUGGACAGGUGAUCAUGUCCGUGCUCACAGCGAGCGAAGGUUUUGGUCUGGGGCCAAUGAUAGAAGGCCUUAUCAAGCGAUACAGAGUGGCUGGGGUGGCUCCUCCCGAAGUGCUGUAUGUCGACCGAGACUGCUGUGGCAACACUCUUUUGAGGAGGAUGUUUGAAGAGUGGGAGCAAAUGACCAUCCGGUUAGAUGUCUGGCACUUCAUGAGAAGGUUUGCUGUGGGCUGCACCACCGACUCACACCAGUUAUAUGCCACUUUUAUGAGUGGCCUCAGCCAUUGUAUUUUCAUGUGGGACCAGGUCGACCUGACUGCCCUGAAGACAGCGAAGCAUGCAGAGCUAGAAGCUGAUGGGAAACCAUCAUUCGAAGCUGAUGUGCUACGCUGUAUCAGUCGUAGCGAGCUAGCGCUGCAUUGCAGGAGAACCACUCGCGGGACCAAAGAGACCCUGGCAUUGAUUGAGAGCCAUGUUCAGGCCUUUGAUGGAGAUGCUGGUCGUGACACUCUGGGAGUCCCACUAAUAAACUCAGCCCGCAUGAGAGAAAUUUUAAAGUCCCAGCGGAAGCAUGUGGCCUGCAUCCAGGAUCCUGUCGGUGUGCAGCUCUACAUGCAGACGGGUACUGUACUGAAGGGAGGGCACCGCCUGCCAACAUACCGCUGUGCCAGAGGUUCCACUUCACUUGAGUCAUUUCACCUGCACCUUAACAGAUUCAUCCCAGGCACGCUGGCAAGUGACACCUUCUUUCAGGCAUAUCUUUUGGAUGGGCUUGCAAGGUGGAAUGAGGACCGGGCAGUGGCAGCAACAACUAAUCAGCAGCAACCACAUUCCUACAACCAUCUACUGCGUCAUGCGGUCAACACUCUUGCAGAGGAGCUCAUGGGCAUGAAAAUCAUUCCUUAUGUUGGGCCAAGAAAUUACACUGGUGAGCUUAUUGGAGUGGAAUAUCUUUACCAGCAAACUGGUAAAGUUCUGCAGGACUACAAGUUGGCCAUUGAAGAGUCAGAGACUACUGAGGUUGGUAUAGAGGUGGAUGAAGGUUAUGCUGAACUUGAGGAGUUUCAGGACAUCACUGUCCCCACCUUUGACACUGAACGGACACCUGCUGCCUCUACACAAGCAUCAGUGUCUGCAGCGUCUGCAGCAUCAUCUCCAACUCCUCCAGCAACCAGCCCCACGUCAUCACUGUUUGUGGUCCCUCCAUCACCAGUGUCAUCUCCUGUCAGCAGCUCACUGCAAACUCAAUCAGAUCUAGCACUCUUUCCUGGAGCACAUAGCUUGGACCGAUUAUCUGCAGAAACGGAUCGUCAAACAUCGGAAGAGAACACUUCACAUGAUGAUUCGGUUGGACCUGAUAAUAUUGAGGGGUAUGGAGCCGUGCAGGACUUGGCAGAGUUUUUGGUUAGCCUCAGAGACCACCGUCUGGCUUUGUCAGGAGAAGAGUGCAUCAAGAUCAUCUCCCUAUGGCAGGCAUUGGGGGAGUAUGACAAGAAAAAGACCAUUUACCCACCACGUCACCAAACCCACCUAAAACAGGGACGAUUCAGGGCCACUAAGAAGAUUGUGGCCCCAGGUGUUGAGAGCACCAAAAGGUGUUUCGUUGGGGCUCAUAGUCCUGCACAGUGGCCUGACUGCAACCGAGUGGUGGAGGCCAUUUUCACAAGGCUCUGUGCUCUCUACCCAAACGCGGUGCGCUGUGAGGGAGUGAGGGUGUCCCGCUUCACUGUUGUAGCACGUGCUUACAAGCACAUCCGUGAGUGCAUCCUCACCAAUGCUAAGGUGAUGAGUGAGACCACCAUCCAGCUCCCAGAAGUGAACGCUGCAACAGUCACACAAUGGUUCAGCAGGCGUGGAAAGUCACAGGAACAAGAGAUUUUGAAGCAGGGUAUCCAAGCCCCAGAUGCACCCAUGGCAGGACCCGAGACGCUUCCUGCUGCUCUGCAGAAAGGACCAACUCUGUAUCCAGGCAAUUUGGCUAAGCCUCACCUUUUUAUCCUGCCACCAAACACUGCUGGGAAGGCAAAACUUAAGGGGAGGUCGCAACCCCAGGCCAUCUCCCAGGCUCCAACAUCACAUCAAGGCCUUCCUGUCAUUGCACCAGCACUACCCGUCUCUCUCCCUUUCAUUUUACCAUCUGUGCAGCUUCCUACAGUGAUAGGCACUUGCGCGCCAUCCACUACAGUGCCAGGUACCUCACAGGUGAUGUUCUUCAACCUCCCAUUACCUUCAGUUAUGCCACCAUCAGCUCAGACACCGACAUCCGGUCAAGAUGUUCCUUACUCCACUCAGCAAUAUAGAAAGAGAAAACUGGAGAGGGAGCGCACUGGAACUGUCACAAGAAAAUAUGUGAAGAAGACAGACGUCAUUCUUUGCAGAAAGUGUAACAAAGAGAGAAAGCCACCAUCACAUCUUCAGUACUUUGGCAACUGGUUCUGCAAAGAGUCUGAGACUCAAUCAUAUGAUGAAUGGAGGGCUGUGCUGCAGGAACGAGGUUAUAGAAAAAAAAAAAAGGGAAAUGGCAACCCUCCAGCUUCUUAAAACUGCUAUUUCAGCACAUUAUAUUUUUAUUUGGUUAAUGUUUGCUUUAUAGUGCAAUUUACAAGUCUCCCACAAUGACAGCUGUCUCUAAAA